AUGAAGUCGAGUUCUGGAGUUUUCGAAAGUGCGAUCGAGCUAAAGUUGUCUAUAAACGAUGAGGUUUUCGAUGACUACUCGUCUGCAUAUUCUGAGCUUCAGUCGGAUGUUCUUCGGGAGAGUUUGGAUUUGGAUUUCUCCGAUUAUAGUCCGUCAAUGUGGCGUUUACUGUUGAGUGAGCUUCAUGUUGAGCGUGCUAGUGCUAUAGAAAUUCCCAAUGGGAUUGGUGGUAGUAGUAGUAAUGCAGAGGCGUUUGCGAAUGCUAUGGUUAGGUUCCGUGGAGGCUGUAGAUUUGAGAAUGGUAGGCCUAAUGAGGGUCCUAUGCAUAUCAUAAGUUCUUUGGAGAAUGAGAUUGUGUAUCCAAAGAAGUAUAAUCUUAAUCCUGAGGUGAAGACUUUGUUGAAAAGGAAUGUGGGAGUCUGUUCUGCUAGACUUAGAGAGAAUACGAAACAUUUAGAGAAUCAGUCGCAGGCUUCAUUAGGCUCUUUGAAGAUUGGAGAUUCUUUGGGAUUAACUGAAACAGGGGGUGACCAAUCCCCAAACGUUGUGAAUAAUGAUGACACAGUACUUAAUCACAGAGUUUCAUUUGAGGUUACUGCAGAAGAUUUUCUAAGGUGCAUGGAAAAGAAGCCAGGAUUGUUGUCCAAGGCUGGAUUUGCGCCUCUUGAGAAAGGGAAAUCUACUGCCAAAGGACAAGGAUGCACUCCUGAAAUGAAAAUUGGUCACGAUUGUUUUGCAGUCGAGUCCUCGGGAGAAAGCUUUGAAAGGGCUUCUGCAAAUGGAGAGGAGCGUAAGCAAUGGGCACACGAAAAGGCAAAACAAGCUGCGAUGAAGUUGUUCAAUGACAUUUCAGAACUUGAGAUGCUGAGGAAGGAAAGGGAUGAGAAGCAGCUGCUAAAGAAGGGGAUGCUAGCCAUUGAAGAUAACUCCAUGAAGAAGCUUGCGGAAAUGGAGAAUGAACUCCGUAAAGCUAGUGGUCAUUCUUCCUCUUCUGAGGCUCCAAACAUGUACAGGUUGUGCGUAGUGUUUCUAACGUUUUGCUGCAUUGGCUAUGCAAUGCCUUUUAUUCUGUGUGCAACAAUCUGUUGCUGCCUCCCUUGCAUAAUUUCUAUCCUAGGCUUCAGAGAAGAUCUGUCACAAAACAAAGGAGCCACACCAGAAUCAAUCAAUUCUCUGCCUACCUAUAAAUUCAAGGUAAAGAAAAACAAAAGCAAAGAUAGUGGAGGACUUCUGCGCUCAUGGAGCUGA